UUUGUCUGGCGUCUUACUGCUGUUAAAAAGAAGCAGAGUGCUUGAAGUAGUGCAUUGCUGGUCCCAGGUGCUGUCUGUAAUGAGUCACAGGCGUUCACACUCAGGCUCAAGGGGGUAAGCAUUAUCUAAGGAGAGAGCUUUUGGGACUGACUUUUCAAAAAGUAAGUAACUUUACUCCUUUUUAUUUAUAGGAGCCCAUCACAGGAAAAUCAGUCAGAAAGAUGUACAAGUUCCAGACGGGAGUGUAUAGCAUGUGGUGAACCGGCCAUGCUGGAUAAAAGGCUGUGCAAAAAAUGCCUAAUGGAGGCUAGCAAUCCUCCCAUGGAACAACUGAAUAACAUGAUGGACUGGAUGCAAUCCACCUUUAAGCAAUCCAUGGCUACUAUGGUAGAUGAAGUCACGGGUAAAGUAAUGCAUAAUCUGAGUAAACAAGGAUGCAUACCUGCUGCCAGUGCAGGGACGACAGCCGGAUCAUCUAGAACAGUACAAGAAAGAGAUUCUACUUCCUCUGAAGGGGAAAAAUCAGAAACAGAUACAGAAGAAGCAGAGGAAUCAGCUUUCAUUGAUUUUAUUGAGCCACUCAUAAGACACAUGAGAAUCACACUAGAUUUAGAUGAAGAAGAACCACUACCCAAACAAGAUAAAAUGUUCAGAUCUAGAGAAAAGAAAACACAGGUGUUUCCGGUCCAUGAUGUGAUUGCCAGCAUGAUAAAUACGGAAUGGGAAACCCCUGACAAAAAACUGGGGGAAUCUAAGAGGUUUAACAGAAUGUUUCCUUUUUCAGAAAAAGAUGUAAAAUCUUGGAAUUCUGUGCCCAAAGUAGAUGCAGCAAUCACCAGAGUGGCUAGACGAACAACAUUGCCAGUGGAUGAGGGAGUUUCCCUCAAAGAUGCCAUGGAAAGAAGGCAAGAUGCCAUUCUAAAGAAGCUGUACCUUGCAGGAGGGAAGGCUUGCAAAACAACGGUAGCAACCACAUCACUCACCAGAGCCAACAGCAUUUGGAUAUCUGAGGUUGAGAAAGCGGUUAAAGAAGGAGCAGAUCAAGAUAAAAUUCUGGAUAUAAUUCAAGACAUUAAAACAGCAAACAGUUUUGCUUCUGAAGCCUCCCUUGAGGGAGCAAGGGUCGCAGCCAGAUUCAUGAGCCUUGCAGUUGCAGCCAGACGAGCACUGUGGUUGCGUCAUUGGCACGCGGACUCUCAGUCCAAGCAUAACCUCUGCUCCCUGCCAUUUAAAGGAGAAUUCCUUUUUGGGGAACAUUUAGAUCAAAUAAUCUCCAAGGCGUCAGCUGGGAAAUCAGCUUUUCUGCCGCAAGAUCGUAAAGAUAGAAGAAAUUUCAGAAAUCAAAAGCCUUCAUUUCGGGAUACCAAACAAUACAAACCAGGAAAACCCUUUGUCCAUCAGCCCUGGAGAUCCAGGUUUCGUAACCAAGACAAAAGAGAUCAGAAACAUGAGAAGAAAACAGCAUGAAGGUGCGCAAGCCCCUCUGGCCCAAGUAGGUGGCAGAUUAAGGGCGUUUGGGACAGUGUGGGCUCAACAUAUACAAGAUUCCUGGGUCCUCAAUACGAUUGUGGAGGGUUAUGCAUUGAAACUGAUGAAUAUACCCAAAAGAAAAUUUGUGUCAUCAGACAGACAGAGAUCAGACCAAGACAGAGAAUGUCUCCAAUCUGCCAUUCUGGACCUCUUGGACAAGGGAGUCAUAGAGGAAGUUCCAAAAAGAAGUAAUUUUUCGG